UCAAAUAAAUGCCACAUUGACCAAUAAAAUCCAUGUACAACACGUAACGCGUUGUUUGCAGUUGUAUCGCCAUAUUGUAUAUUUAACGCGGGUCACUGGCGCGUGUAUGGGCUUUUCAUAAGAUUUUCUGCCGAAUAAAAGUGCGUGGAAUAAUAAAAAUCGUGAAAUAUUACGCGCAAUGGAUCCAGAAAAGUUAAAAGUAGUCGAAUUACGGACAGAACUCUCAAAGCGUGGACUCGAUACAAAAGGCGUCAAGUCAGUGCUCGUUGAGCGACUUCGUAAGGCAAUAGAAGAGGAAAAUGUACAUCAGAUAAAUCAAGGAAAAACAAAUGCCAGUGCAGAAGAUACACAUGAUGAUAUAGUUCAAGAAAAUGAUGAAAAAUCAACAAAAAUACCACAAACACCAAAAAAAUCUAGUAGAUUAUCUAAAAGUGCUCCUGUGAUGACACCAAAGGAAGACUCUGUAACAAAAAAACGAAGAACUACUAGAACUCCAUAUUCUAGAAGGAGGACAUCUCCUAAAAAAGCUGAUCAAAAUGAUAUGUCUCGUGAACCAUCUCCUACAGUAUCUGAAUCUGCUUUGCAAGAAGAAACUAUACCAGAAGAAACUGCUACGCAAGAAGAAGCAGCUGUGCAAGAGGAAACUGCUAUACAAGAAGAAACAGCCAUACAGGAGGAAACUACUAUACAAGUAGAAACUCAUGCCCAAGAAGAAAUUCCUAUACAAGAAGAAACUCUUAUUCAAAGAGAAAUUUUUAUGCAAAAAGAAAAAUCUUUAUCACCUAAAAAAGAUGAAGAAAAAGAAACAAAAGAAUUGGUAUCAAAUAUAGAAAAUAAAAAUGCUAGUCCCAUGGAAAUUAUACAAGAAGAUGAAAUAAAGGAUAUUGAUCUCCCAGAAAAUAAUGAAAAUGAACAGAAUAUAAGUGAUUCACAAGUACCUUCUAUAAAAUCACCAGUAAAGUCUCCAAUGAGGUAUAGUGUUACUGAUAUUGCACUUUCAAAAGAAUCAUUAGAUAAUAAAGAUGAUGUGAAUCAAAAACAAGAAUCAACAACAGAAAUCAAAACAAAUCUACAAGAAUUAGAAACCAUAGAUGUAAAAGAAAAAGACACUGAUUCAGACAUACAAGAAAAUGAUAUGUCGAUUACAAUUAAUAAGACAUGUGAUAAGGCAAAUGAUAUAUUAAAAGAAAAUAUUGAACAUGAAGAAGAAAAUAUAGAAUCUGUAGAUAAUGAUUAUAUUGUAGAAUCUAUUAAUGAUACUAAAACUAUUGACAUUCCUGAAACAGAAGAACAAGAUUUACUUGAAGAACAAGAUAUAGAUAUGAAUGAAAAUGAUGAAUUAAAAACUGAAAAGCAGUUAAUUGAAGAUAAAAAUAUUUUGUCUACUAGCGAAACAAUUAUAGAUAGUAAUAUCGACAAAAAGCAAGAUGAAGAGGAUAUAGAAAUGUCAAAAAUUAAACACGAAGAAGAUACAGAUGUAGAUAUGAAAGAACGAGAUACGAACGACAUCAUCAGGGAUAGAAAGCGGAAAAGAUCUCCUAAUCCUUUAGAAGAUAGGCAUGAUUCACCUCCAGCAAUUCUCACUGAAAAUGAACCAGAAAUUGAUGAUUCUGCUUUAAUAUUAUCUUGGUAUGACUCAGAUUUAAUGGUUAUUGAUAAAGAUGGAUUUUUUACUGCUACACCUAUGCAUAAUGAUGGAUUUUCACAUAUGUGGGCUGGUGCAAGAGCAUCUUAUGGUUUUCUUUGUGGAAAAGUUUAUUAUGAAGCAAAAAUAGUAGAACAUUGUACCAUAAAUACAGAAAAUGAAGAACAUCCACAUGUUCUUAGAAUUGGUUGGUCUACUCUUUAUACUUCAAUGCAACUUGGGGAAGAAAAAUUUAGUUUCGGAUAUAGCAGUACUGGUAAAAAAUUAACGGACAAUCAAUACGAAGAUUACGGAUUUGAAUUUGGAAAGGAUGACAUUAUCGGUUGUUAUUUCGAUGCAACGUCCGAAAAUAUUCUACUUUCUUAUACUGUUAAUGGAAAAGAUCAAGGGAUAGCGUUUAGUAUUUCUAAAGAAGAACUCGGUGAUAAACCAUUAUUUCCACAUAUUUUGAGUAAAAAUUGUAGUUUUGCAUGUAAUUUUGGCCAAGAAACACCAUGGACAGAAGAAAUUUUACAAGAUUAUGUUUCAAUCGGAAAUGUAGAAUCACAAUAUAAAAUUUCUGGACCACGAAGGCCAGAGAAAAAAGAUGAAUGUGAAGUAAUAAUGAUGUGCGGGCUACCCGCUUGUGGAAAAACAACCUGGGCAACAAAAUAUGCAACUGAGCAUCCUCAAAAGAUGUAUAAUAUUUUAGGACUCAGCAGUUUAAUUAAUAAAAUGAAAGAUCCUGGAUUAUCUUACAAAGAAGGUUAUGAAGAUCAAUGGAAAAUACUUAUUGAUAAAUGUACUGAUGCAUUAAACAAACUGAUGGAAAUGGCUUCUAGUAGAAGACGUAAUUAUAUAUUAGAUCAGACAAAUGUAUAUCCUUCCGCACAACGACGUAAAAUGAAAAAUUUUUGUGGAUAUCAAAGAAAGGCAGUAGUUAUAGUUCCAUCAGAAGAAGAAUUUAAGUCACGUUCUAUAAAACAUAAACCAAUAAAAGGCAAAGAGAUUACUGAUUCUAUGCUUCUGGAAAUGAAAGCAAAUUUCAGAGCUCCAGUUAUUGGUGAAUAUUUUGAUACUAUUAAUUGGGUCGAACUUGAUCAAGAAGAAAGUGGAAAACUUAUAGAAAAUUAUAAUAAAGAGGGAAAAGAAGCAGGUUAUGGUGAACAACAAAGAAGCAAACGACCACGUACUGACUCGAGAUCAGAGAAUGCUCAUGAAAAUCGAAAUGAUGUGCGAAGUAAUCGUGAAAGAGAUAAUCGAGAUUAUCGUGACAGACGAAGCAAUUAUUCCGACAGAAAUCGUAAUCCCCUUUGGCGAGGUAAUAUGGGAUGGAGAGAUAGACCAAGAGGAGGUGGACAUAUAAGACAUGGCAGUGGUUAUGGUCCACCGAUGUUACGUAGAAGAAGAGGAAUACCUAUUCCACUCGUACAUCGUGGAAUGAAUAGAAGAGGUGGUAACGGUGAUAGAAGAGGAAGUGGUAAUGAUAGAGGUCGAGCUUUGAAUUCUCGACAAGGUAAUCGAUCAAGAGCUCCGAUAGGAAAUUACCAAGGAUCACAACAAUCUGUAUGGAGUCAACAAGGCAAUUGGUCAGGUGGUCAAUCUCAAGAAGGUUGGGGUCAACAGAAUAAUUGGGGAUCACAACCGUGGUGUAACUGGAAGGGCUAUGGACAAGGCUCGUACAAUCAAAGCAAUUAUAAUCAACAAGGUUAUGGUAAUGGAAAUUGGAAUAGUUGGAAUCAGCAGUAUUAUAAUCAGUAUUGGGGCCAGCAGCAACAGAGCGGACAAACUACGACAACUAGUGGACAAGCAGCAAAUAAACAAUAAUCUAAUAGGAUUUAUAUAACGAGAGUGGAAUAAUAAGGCAAAAUGAAAAGCACAAUUGCUUUAUUUAAUGAUUCCACAGUGGGACAUAGAUUUAUCCUUCAAAGUGACGAAGAAAAAAUAAAAACUCCAGGUCAUAGUGUUGUCGAUUCCGACUCCAUCGGUUUUGAUUACAUAUAAAUAGAUGGACAAAUUUUUCCACGACAAUAUAUUCACAAUUUUUGUUCGUAUAUUUUACAAUAUACGAAUUCCAAAGUUAUCUAAACGCGUUUUUAUAACUCGAGCAACAAUUUAGAUUCGUCGAGUGAAGGCACCGUUACACAUGCACCACGUGAAAUUAUUUUACGUUGCAAAAUGCAAUACUAAAUAAAUUGUAAUAAUAUAUAACUACGAUUGAAAAGUAAUCAUCGCGAAAAAGCACGUAACAAAAGAAACGUAUUCGUACUAAAUACGUAGUUUUUAAAUCGAAUAAAAGGGGGUAACGUAUAAAUAACGUCUUGUAACGACUUUUAAUCGAAAAAUCGAUCAAGAGGAAGAAUGUCACGUAUGGGUACACUAUAUGCAGUUAGAAUUAAGAUUAAAAUAUUUACAAUGAAUUAUCGCUCUCGAAAUAAACACAUGUAAAUAUGUACAGAUUUUCAAACGUAUUACACAAAACGUUUACUGGAAGUCUGUUUAUAUAUUAAUAGUUGAAGUAUCAUGUAAUAAAAGAAAUUUGUUCUCGAUAAAAAGCGAGAGUGAUAUUGUA